AUGAUACCAAGUUGGGUGGUCCUACUUUGUACUUUACUAGUUAUUAGAUUUGUUAUGUGCUAUAUAGUAGGAGAUGAGGUUAUCUGCAAGUUAUACUUAUGUGACUGCAUUAAUAUCUUUAAUAUAUUUAGGUACUUAGUAACAGAAACAUUAGUAAAAGGAAAAUUCUCAUGGGCUUUUUACUACUUAAUCCGUCUACAUAUUAACAGCGGUGAUGAAACUGCAAGAGUGGUUUUAUCGACAGUUACAGGCACAAAAUCAUUAACUGAUGUAGUUUAUUACUGUUAUAAGACUAAGAAGGGACUUGAGGAAGGCAAUGACUGCGCGUGGAGUACCUUGAGUUUGGCGAUGGGCAUGGGUAUGGCGGUUUACAGUUACCAAACAGUGGGAUCUUUUUAUUAG